CAGACAGUUGACUUCUCUGUUAACUUCAACGGACCUUGUGACGAUGGCUAACGUUGGUGGAUGGAGUGAGACAAAGGAUGCCACGAAGGAAAUUCAGAAUCUCUGUAAUCAGGUGAAGCUCGAAGUGGAGAAAAGGACGGGCCUGGACUAUAAGGUGUACAAAGCACUGAAAUACAGGGAUCAGUUGGUGGCUGGAGAAAACUACCUCAUCAAGGUUGAUGUUGGAGCAGACUGCCUUCAUCUGCUGCUCUUUCAAAAACUUCCAUGUGAGGGAGGACAAGUUGAAGUGCUCAAUGUAGAGCAGCACAAACGCCGAGACGACCCCCUCAUACCUCCUUUUUAACUGAUCACACAACCUGUUUCUACAGUUAGAUACUUACAGGCUGCAGUCUCAUAUUAAAAUGAUCUGCUUGUUUGUUUUGAAAUGACCUGACAUUGACUUUGAAUAUACUGACUGACAGAAUUAUAUUUGAUGUUGGGAAGCAGCUGGUUGAAUGCACUACCUUCAAAGAAAUAAUAAAAUGAAAGCAUUUUAAAAAA